UCCCGUUAGGGGGGGUGUGGGUCCGACGGUCAGCGACCUGGCUGGGGUUACGGCUUUGCAUGUGGAUUAUUCCCGCUGCUGAGCUCGCCCAGCUGCCAGCUAUUUAAUAUACAAGACAUUAUAUCAGCGUGCAGCGGCAUCCCAAGCUGUCUUUUUAUCUUUGCUAAGUGGCUGGCAUUGAACAUGUCCACUCAUUAUCCGAACAAAGGAAAGCCUGCAUUGGAGGACAGCGUUUAAAGGCGAAGGAAAAACCCCCAAUAGUUUCUUAAUAUCUGAAAUUAAUAACAUUUGUAAUAGAAGCUAGAAAUAUGACAUUUUGUAUUAGUAUGUACAAACUAUCAGCUGUCACUGAGACUUGUGGUGGAAUGGAAGUGUUCAGUAGUAGAGACUCAGGGGUUGUGGAUCACCUGUCUGUGCAUCACAGAGCUCAUCCCCCGCAGCGGCAGCAGCAGGCUGUGUCCUUGUCCCCCACAAGCCUUUCUGCCAGGGGAGAGUAUGGAGAAGACAGCAUGUCUGACAGGUUUUCAGAGGGACAGGAUGUCCUGGCCCGGUGGUCAGAUGGCCUUUUCUACUUGGGGACAAUCGCAAAGAUAGAUCGGGACAAGCACCGAUGUUUUGUGGUUUUUGAGGAUCGGUCAAAGUCUUGGGUUCUUUGGAAGGAUAUUCAAACAGGGGAAGAAGAUGAUGAGGAUGACGACGACGAUGACAUUGUCUGCUCCAUAUGCCAGGACGAAACUUCAGAGGAACCCAAUGAGAUUGUCAUUUGUGACAAAUGUGGACAAGGCUACCACCAGCGGUGUCACUCCCCUGUCAUCGAUGCUGCUGUCAUCGACUCUGAUGACAAGUGGCUUUGCUCAGAGUGCGAGCUCACUUCUCUAUCUAAGACGGGUGGUCCGCACAGAAGAGGAGCGUCUGCUAAAGGCUUUUUGCAGCAGGAACAGCAGGAGCCGCAGCACAUGGAGCUACACCUGUCCUUCCCAUAUGUGCUGGAGGAGCUGGUGUGGGACCAUGGCCACAAAACCAACAUCCAGCAGUGCUACUGCUACUGUGGCGGUCCAGGAGACUGGUACCUGAAGAUGCUGCAGUGCAACAUGUGUCAGCAAUGGUUCCAUGAAGCCUGUCUUCAUUGCUUACAGAUGCCAAUGCUCUACGGAGAUAGGUUUUAUGUGUUUGUUUGUUCCGUUUGCAACGGUGGACCGGAGUACCUCAGCCGUCUGCCUCUCAGCUGGAAGGAUGUCGCACACCUGAGCCUCUACAACCUGAGUGUGAUCCACAAGAAGAAGUACUUUGACUCAGAAAUGGACCUGAUGGUGUACAUCAAUGAUAACUGGGAGCUGCUGCAGCUGGGGGAGCUCGCCAACACUCCACGAUCAGAGCGAUAUGAAAAUGUUCUGGAGGCGCUUAACAAUAAUAGCUGCAUGUUCAUGUCAGGAAAGGAGGUGAAGAAAAAGAAGCACUUGUUUGGCCUGAGGAUCCGUUUUCCUCCUGUUCCCCCAAACUGUGACGAGCCAACCAGCAGAGCGAUGGAGAAGGCUUCACAUGAGAUAACCAUCAAGGGAUGCAAGUCCACUAAAGCACUGUCCGCCAUCAGAAGUCCCAGUGCUCUCACCAAUGGCACAGAGAAGAAGAAGAAAAAGAAGAAGAGAAAGAGGAAGCAAGGAGCACGCUCUCUGGAGACUCUGGCUAAACCACAACGCUCCAGUGAGCCCUUGUCCCAGGAAAUCAGGAGACCUCCACCGUUAGAGCCCCAUGCAUUGGAUCACUUUACAUCUGUCAAGAGUGACGGGUCUCUGCUGUCUUUAAAAACUUCAGAUGUGGAAUCCAUUGGUGCCCUGAGCACUUCAGAAACUACCUCAACUAGCAUUUCAAGACAGUCCAGCCUCUGCAGCUCCAACAAGACACGUACAGCAGCCCCUGUCAUGCCUGUUUCCCCCCCACCUUUAAAACGGAAACGUGGACGGCCACGAAGGGUCCCCCAGCCCCCCACCCCAGACAUCCCCCCUCCCAGCUACGCAGACCCACACCCCUCAGCCACAGAGUUGUUGAACUCCCUCCCAGGGCUUCACUCUGCAGACAUAAUUCACGGCAUGGACCCCAACAGCCAGCUCACCCACCUAAAGAGCUCCAUCAGCAACUAUUUUGGAGCAGCGGGGCGUCUCGCCUGCGGGGAGAAGUACAAAGUCCUGGCCCGACGGGUCACCCUUGAUGGCAAGGUGCAGUACUUGGUGGAGUGGGAAGGAGUCACUGCCUCAUAGGUUUGUCACGUGUCGCUCGUCACUCCUAACUUUUCACCAGCACCCGCGGGACGUUUAUGUCUGUGCUGAGGACGUGUGUAUUCAGAGCAUUAACUGAUUAUAUGCCUUUAUUUAGUUUGGACAGGAGCAAGUUCUGCUUACUGUAAAGCCUAUUGGUCCAGUCCAGGAUGACUUUUACAGUUAUACACACCAUAUGUGUUUAAACAGUUUCAUGGACAGCACAAAGUUGUCUCACAACAGCAUUUUUGUGCUGCUGUAGUUCCAACUUUAACUAACAGGUUUGAGUGUUUACAGAGAACGCCCCCUUUAUUCAGGGGCAAUUCAUUGAUCUGUAUACUGCACCUGUAGGCUUUCAGUGAUCUGUUAUUGUGCUUAAUCCAGUGAUAUGCUUUCAUUUCAAGACACGUUAAAAAUAACUGUAAAGUUGUUUUUGUUUUUUUGUUUUUUCAAAUAAUAUCUUUAAGUGUUAUCUUGGAGGAUAAGAGAAAGAGGGGGAAGUUUUAUUAACUAAUCCUUUUUUUUUUUUUUUUUUUUUUUUU